GUGGACAGAGAGGUGGUUGGAAUUUAAUACAUCUCCUUCUUUUAUAGGUUCCACUGACUCGAGAAGAUCUUCGAUAUCAUCAAAAACCACAAAACUUUCUUUUCUUUUUCUAACUAUUUUAUUUAUUAUUCCUACAAAAUGUCAUGUUUGAAGUAUUUCUUGAUCUUAUUGAUGUUGGGACUGUGUGUCUCAUCGGAGGAGAAUUUUCAAUAUGACUACUUGAAAGUUCCGGCAAGCGAGUUUGUGAGCUCCAUAAACACAAUUGUGGUAGUGAUAAGACAAGUGAGUUCAAUUUUGUCUCAGUUCGCUGAUUUCAGCGGAGAUCGCCGGCUGCAGAAUGCGGUUUCCGAUUGCCUUGAUCUGCUUGACUUUUCUUCAGAGGAGCUCACUUGGUCUGCUUCUGCUUCUGAGAAUCCAAAAGGUACCUUAAAGGCUUAAACUCUAGUUUACAACAUAUAUCAAUCUCUCUAGUUUUAUCACAUCCUUAUAGAGUUGGAAACUUUGAAUGCAUAAACCUUUUUUUAACUCUGAUCACGAGGUCAAAAUUACUGUUAUGAGAUUAAAUCAAUACAUAUUUUCUUGGGUGAAAUUUGAAAAGAUGAUAAUAACCAAAUUUGAGUAAUCGACAACUUAAAUUAACAAAAAGAAACAAACAAACGGGAUAUAGAUAUGCUUAUUGCCGGUAUAUGGAAAGUAGGAUAAAAUUGACGUUUGUGAAACUGGUUGCUAUGUUUAGAAAGAGUGUGAUUACUUGGUAUAUAACUUGUUGCCUUUUCCAUUCCAACCAAUUAAAAGAGAAAGAUUUUUAAACUCAGUUGUUUAUAUUCAAAUGCCAUGAUUUUUGAUCAAAUGACAAAGGAAUGUUUGGUGCCCAUUUAACAGUUAAGCGACUCAUUAAUCAGUCCAGAUGUUCGGUUGAUUUAUUUGUAAUAAUUAUAUAUACAAAUCAGAAUAAUAUAAAACAAUUAUACAUAUAAAUACAAAAUGUAAUAUAAAAAUUUAUAAAUGUUUUUUUUUCUUCGAUAAAAAAAUUUAGAUUAUAAAUGUUGUAUUUUUUUGCUUUGAUAAAGAUUUUAGAUUAUAAAUGUUAUGUACAUAAAACAGCAAAACAGCAAUUACUGUAUAUUCUUGUAAAACAAGAUAUACGAUGCACCUGUACAACAAACAACUCUAUUGGUUUGGAAUUUAUUUAGUUAAACUCUCCACGACUCCAAUAAAAGAUGAUGUACCAUGCAAAAAUAGAAUAAAUGAUCGUUCAUGGAUCAUGGUGUAUCGUAGUAAUAUAUAGUUAUACAAGUUUAUUUACAUAGAUAUAGAAAAAGACUAUUUAUUUUGCACUUGCUGCAUUAAAUUUGAAAGCCGGCACAAAAUUGAUUGUGAUACGGUUAGUAGGUGGUUCUUUGACCAAUCAUAUUAGUAUUAUAUUUUCAACUAAUACAAUUUUGCAUCACAAUUCACAACACAACAAUAUUGAAUUUCGACCUGUAUUUUCUUCAUUUUUUUUUUUAAUGUUAUUUCAGCUUAGACAAAGUGAAAUAAAAGAGCUGAAACAAAAAUAAAUCUGAAUAUGUGUGCUGGUGUGCAGGCUAUAUAUUUAAAGUAGGAAAUCUAUUUAUAUCAAAUCAUUACCAAAUGCAUGUUUUUCUUUGAAAAAGCAUUAUUCGAUUGCAUAUAUCAGUCAAUAUAAAUUUAGAAAAAAAAAUUAAUGUUAAUUUCAAUUUUAAAUGAUAAUGUCAAGUGAUAAUGAUAUGUUACAUCAACGUUGUGCAUUCUCGUUAGUGAAAUGAAAGCAAAUCCUAUAAUCAUUAUUGUAAAUGGCAUGUGCGUGGUAGGGACACCGAACAUGGAUUUCAAAAAAAUCUUAGAUUUGUAAUAAAUGUAAGGGCAACGGAACAGGGGACGUUGGAUCGGACACAAGGACAUGGUUAAGUGCUGCUCUCUCCAACCAAGCCACUUGUAUGGAAGGCUUCGAUGGUACCUCUGGUCUCGUAAAAUCCCUUGUCGCUGGCAGUCUCGAUCAACUAUAUUCUAUGCUUAGGGAAUUGUUACCACUUGUGCAACCAGAGCAGAAACCCAAGGCUGUUUCUAAACCUGGCCCUAUUGCUAAAGGACCGAAGGCACCACCUGGCCGUAAACUCAGAGACACCGACGAAGACGAAAGCCUUCAAUUCCCAGACUGGGUCAGACCGGACGAUCGUAAACUAUUAGAAUCAAACGGUAGGACUUACGACGUUAGUGUAGCAUUGGAUGGGACAGGCAACUUCACAAAGAUAAUGGACGCCAUAAAGAAAGCUCCUGAUUAUAGCUCGACACGUUUCGUCAUAUACAUUAAAAAAGGUUUAUAUUUGGAGAAUGUUGAGAUCAAGAAGAAGAAAUGGAACAUUGUAAUGUUAGGUGAUGGCAUUGACGUGACUGUUAUUUCCGGUAACCGCAGCUUCAUCGAUGGUUGGACCACUUUCCGAUCAGCUACAUUCGCGGUAAGCGGAAGAGGAUUCUUAGCAAGAGAUAUAACGUUCCAGAACACAGCAGGGCCAGAGAAGCAUCAGGCGGUAGCACUGAGAUCAGACUCUGACCUCUCUGUGUUCUUCAGAUGUGCGAUGAGGGGUUAUCAAGAUACACUCUACACGCACACCAUGCGUCAGUUCUACCGUGAGUGCACCAUCACGGGAACAGUAGAUUUUAUAUUUGGGGAUGGGACUGUUGUGUUUCAAAACUGUCAAAUUUUGGCUAAAAGAGGACUCCCUAACCAAAAGAACACCAUCACUGCACAAGGCCGGAAAGAUGUCAACCAACCCUCAGGAUUCUCAAUUCAAUUCAGCAAUAUCUCGGCGGACGCAGAUUUGGUCCCAUACCUAAACACGACAAGGACGUAUCUAGGAAGGCCAUGGAAGCUAUAUUCGAGAACGGUUUUCAUUAGGAACAAUAUGAGCGACGUUGUGAGACCCGAAGGAUGGCUUGAGUGGAACGCUGAUUUUGCGUUGGACACACUCUUCUACGGAGAGUUCAUGAACUACGGGCCUGGUUCAGGACUCAGCAGCCGAGUCAAAUGGCCUGGUUACCACGUCUUUAACAACUCGGAUCAGGCUAACAACUUCACCGUUUCUCAGUUCAUUAAAGGAAAUCUUUGGCUGCCUUCUACGGGAGUAACGUUUAGUGAUGGCUUGUAUAUCUAAACUGGCUCAGUGUUUCUAUUGUGAAUGUUCCUGUUUUUUGUUCCUUUUCAUUUUGUUUUGCGUUUUCUUGUCAUGUUCUUCUAAGUUGGUUUGUUGUGGUAUUUCACGGUUUUGGAAAAAUAUUGAUAAAUGGGGAAUUUAAGUCGAUCGGCUGAAGUUGAACAAAUCAUAUAUUGCCCAUAAAGGUUAAUAGAUUUUGUAUGUUAUAAAGAGAUCAAAAUUCAAAUCUUACAUGUUUUUCGCUAU